ACACCUUCUCAUUUUUAUAAUUAUUUUUAUUUGAAACACAAAGUGCAAAUGCACGACAGAACGUAGUACAUCUAAAGACAUCAAGUUGAUAGAUCAACAAUCGCAAGUAAAUUAAUGUGCAACACAUUGAGUAGGGAAAUUAAAAAGAAGAGAGUAAAAAUGGAGAGGAGGGGACACGUCUACAAAUUAGUCUGAGCGAAUAAUUUAACGAUACACUGUACAGCUUCUCAGAAACCGAACGACUGUGAUCCAGUCGAUAAAAGAUAUGUCCACGUAAGACCAUGCAAUGGUUGCAGCCAAUCACGAGGCUACUUUUUGGACAUGUCCGAAAUUCUCCGAAAUGAGCGCCACACGCUUUAUUAUCAGCCGUUAUCACAGAGUCGCGUAUUUGGAGCUCUCUUUCGCCAGAUGGGCAGAGUGGAUCGGUGCUGGUCUGAUCUGGGUUCAACGAUGGCGUGGUGUAUUCUGGGUGCUGCAGUCCUCAUGCUGAGCCUGGGGGUGGACGGGGCAGGGGGUGGGUCCUACGUGGCGGCCGUGUACGAGCACCACCUCAUUGGGAAGCCGCAGCCCAAGGUUCCGCUGAGCAGACAGGAAGCGCUGGAACACAUGAAUAAGAACCUGGACGUGUAUGAGGAGCAGGCUGCUGCUGCCGCCAAACAGGGUGCCCACAUCAUUGUGUUUCCAGAAGAUGGCAUCCAUGGCUUUAACUUCAGCAGGGAGUCCAUUGCUGGUUAUCUGGAGACGGUGCCAGACCCCACGGCUGUGAGCUGGAACCCCUGUUCUGACCCAGCCCGCUUCCCUAAUACUGAGGUUCAGCAUCGUCUCAGCUGCAUAGCCAAGAACAACAGCCUGUACCUGGUGGCAAACAUGCCGGGGCGUGAGGAUUGCGAUGCCCAGACCCCCCCCUGCCCCCCCGAUGGGCGCUACCAGUUUAACACGAAUGUGGUGUUCAGUGCUAACGGCACACUGGUAGCGCGUUACCGCAAGCGGAACCUGUACUUCGAAUCCCAGUUUGACACGCCUGCUGACCCCCAGCUCAUCACCUUCGACACACCCUUCGCUGGUCGCUUCGGCCUGUUCACCUGCUUCGACAUCAUGUUCUACAACCCAGCGGUGGAGCUGGUGGAGAAGCUGGGCGUGCGGCAGCUGGUCUUCCCCACAGCCUGGAUGAACUCACUCCCCCUGCUGGAUGCUGUACAGAUUCACCGCUCUUUCUCCUACGCCACCAACACCACCCUCCUGUCCGCUAACCUUCGCGUAGAUGCUGAGGCAAUGACCGGCAGCGGAAUAUUCAGCCCCCGGGAGACAUUACAUCAUCGUGCGGGGGCGGGCGAGCCAGAAGCCGGCCGGCUGCUGGUGAAAACUCUGCCUGUUCUGGACUCCCACAGCCUCCCCCUCCCACCACCCAUCUCAGGAGACCAGGAGCCCCCGUGCUAUCAGCAGGGGGACGGGGAGUGCCAGCGGACUGUCCCUGAGGGAAGGGGUCGCCCAGAGGAGCCAGCUGCCCCCAGCAGCCCCUUCAAGGCGGAUAUGAUGAGCGACAAUUUCACCAUGGUGCUCGUAGAGGGCGCUGAGGGAAACCUGUCUGUGUGUGAUAAUGCACUCUGCUGCCACCUGCAGUUCCAAAGGCGCACUGCACCCCAGGAGCUCUAUGCCCUGGCAGCCUUCGAUGGCCUGCACGUGGAUGAUGGACCAUACUACUUGCAGGCGUGUGCGCUGGUUAGGUGCAGCGGUCUCACCCCUCAGACCUGUGGGGCAGAGAUCGACCACGCCGACACGCUCCUGGACUUCCAGCUGAUGGGAAACUUCAGCACGCGCCACGUGUUCCCAAGCGUGCUCGGGAGCCACAUGCAGCUGGACCGCAUCGACCACAGCGGCUGGGAGGGGCGGGGCUUCUACAUGACCCGCCACGGGAUGGAGCGCGGUCUGGUGACCGCUGCGCUCUACGGCAGAGUGUAUGACCGGGACCACACCUCACCGCAACCGCACCCACACCUCACCACAACCACACCCUCACCUCACUGCAACCGCAUCCAAACCUCACCAUGACCGCACUUAUACCUCACCAUGACCGCACUUACACCUCACCGUGACCACACCCUCACCUCACCAUGACCCCACCCUCACCUCACCAUGACCGCACUUAUACCUCACCAUGACUGCACUUACACCUCACCAUGACCAUGCCCACACCAUGUCUAAACCAGCACCACUGGGAGCAAUACUGACGUGUUCCAUAUGCAGUCAGUCUCCGAACGUCCCAGUGAAUCAGCCUGUGAGGAAAUGACCUGUACUUCCCCCAUUUUGGGUGUUUAACUGUCACCCUGUUUUUACACUGUCACUGUGGAUGGUUUCUUAUUCCUUUAUUGCCUGCAUUCUUGAUUCUCUCCAUGCUUUGUUUAUACCAUGUUUGUUAAUGUGUGCUACAAGGGUCAAAGGCAACUGCUACAUGGGUCAAAGGCAAUUUUCCACUUCUUUGAACAAUAAAGUUUUCUUCUAUUCUA